AUGAAUCUAGACUCUGUCCAUAAAUUAUCUGACAAGACACAGAUUUUCAAGACCCAACAAAGACAAUCUUAUAAACUAGAUGAAGGUAGCAAAGCAACAGGUAACCUCUGUAACUCAAGUUUACCAUCUCAACGGCUCCAUCCAUACUCCUCUCACCAUCCUUGUAUGCAUAUUAGUAACAACAAUGACUGGGAGAUUUCUGAAGAGCUCCGACUUCGGGAGCUGGAAGAAGUUAAGGCUAGAGCUGCCCAAAUGGAGAAGACCAUGCGCUGGUGGUCAGACUGCACUGCCAACUGGCGGGAGAAAUGGAGCAAAGUUAGAGCAGAAAGGAAUAAAGCCCGGGAGGAAGGGAGACAAUUGAGAAUCAAACUGGAGACCACAAUGAAGGAACUGAAUGCACUGAAAAAGCUAAACCAAGACUUACUAAUUGAAAAGGAAGAGUGGGAUACUGAAGUCACUUGGAAAAAGAAACUCAAUUUCUCAGAUAUGCCCUGUAUGACAGAAAAGGAGUACCAGUUAGUGUGUCUGGAACAAAAACCUGAUAAAGAUGUGAUCAAGAACAAAAUCCUUGUGGUACAAGAAAUGCAUAAGGAUGUGGAGACAACUGAAAACACAUUAAGAAAGAACCAAGGUACAAGAUUCAAUCUGAGGCUUCCUGACUCCUUUGCCCCUGGCAUUGGUCUGGAAAAGCCUAGACAAAGGCUCGACAACAUAGUCCAUCCUCCGGAGAAUGAAUUAAUACAUGUUUCUGCUUUGCAUUUGCAAUUGGAUGAGUCACAGAAUAUCUUACAGAAGGAAAGAGAAAUGCAUUUUUUCCUGGAAAAAGAAGUAGAGAAGCUGGACUCUGAUCGCUCUCAGUGGAAAUGGAAAUAUGAAGAAAUGCGACAGUCCCAGCUGGAGAGCCUGAAACAGCUGAACAUACUACAUGACCUACACCAAAAUGAAGUGGAAAGGAAUUUUGAAAAUAUAGAGGAUGAAACUGGUGCCCGAACCAAUAUGGACAGAAAGAUGUGUGAAUUAAGAGCAGAGCUGGAGAGACUACAGUCUGAGAAUACCUCUGAGUGGGGAAAGAGAGAAAUACUCGAAACAGAAAAGCAAGAUCUGGAAAGAGAAAAUAGAAGGUUGAAGGCCCAGGUGAAAGAAAUUCAGGAACUUCUGGAUAAGAGAAAUAAACUGCCAUCAACUAACUUGGGUUCUGAUUUCAAAACAGCACAAAGUGAACUACUGGAAAAAAAUAAGGAGCUCAUUGAGCUGCAGCAUGCACACCACAAGCUAAACAAGCAGUAUCAUGAUAAAGUGGCGGAACUGAUGCAUGCAAACAAGAGAGUGGAACAACACGAGGAUGAGGUUAAGAAGCUGAGAAGUCGGGUGGAAGACCUAAAAAGUGGGCUAAACCAGGCAGAGGAUAAGCUCGAUGACUCACUAAACCAGAUUCGAAAGCUACAGCGAUCUCUGGAUGAGCAGACAGAGGCAAAUGACAACUUACAGAUUCAGCUUAAUCAUUUGAAAAGCAGGUUAAAGAGACAGCAGAAAGUGAGCUCUGGAUUUGGGAUCAAGCAAAGUUCCACGUAUGAUGCUGGUGACUCCACGGAGACAGUGAGCAAAGAUGAGGGGAGCCAGCAUGCUUCAUAA